AUGGCGUCUGUGCGUGCUCUUGGUUUUCGCUGCUCACCGGUACUUCGUACUGGGCGGCUUACGCUGCGGGAAUUGCAGUUGCCGCCGCGCCACACCGUAGACGGCGCCCCCACACUGGAUGGCACGCUCGACAUGGUUGGCUACCAACUGUUCGUGGACGGCCUUCUCCCCCCACCCCCCGCCGUGCGGGCACAACAACAACAAUUGCAAUUGCAACGACAUCAACAUCAGCAACAACAACAGCAGACAACAGCUGCAGCGGCGCGUGUGCGGCGAAAUGGUGUAGUGCUGCGCCGCAGUGUGAAGGAGACACAUCUCACAAUCGGCUGCGAUGAGGCGGGCCGUGGGCCUCUCGCCGGUCCGGUGGUGGGGGCCGCCGUCUGCCGCAUUCCUACAUCCAGCUUUAACAACGACCUGCACGGACUUUAUAAUGACAAGGAGCAGUUUCAGAUAUUUGAUAGUAAGUCUCUUUCAGAGUCUCAACGAAAUGUAGUGUUUAAAAAUAUCACGGGGUAUGAAAAUUUAUUUGACUUGGUGGCGGAUAAAUCAUUUCUAGUUCAUCAUGCAGCUGGUGAUUCAGCUCCUGAUAAUGCCUUGACCAAACGGUCCUCCUCGCAUACAAAACUGCAAAAAUUGUCAUUUAAGAAACUUCUUUCAAUGCAAACACCAUAUUUAAUUUCAUACCAUGGUGGUAAUGUUUAUGGUAAUUAUCUCUAUUUGUGGUCUAUUGGUAUAGCGAAUCAUACAUACAUUGAUACUGCCAAUAUUUUUGCAGCUUCAAUGCACACAAUGCAUCGUUCAUGCCUUGCUGUUUGGCGUAUGUUAAGUGAUACACGUUUCUCUUUUGAAAAGGCACCAAGACCGAAACAUUGUUCCAUCGCACAAUAUCUCUUAUCUCGCUAUUGUAUUGCCGUAUCCCAUGAUCAUCUUAAACGUUAUCAAGUACCAUCAAACAUUGAAUUAGAUGAUACAAAUGAAUUCCUCGAUAUGAGUGCUGUUCAACCACCUCUAGUUUUAGUAGACGGAAACAGUGCCCCAGAGGAGACGGUAAAUGUUUUAUCAGACAUGCGCAUAGGUGGUCUUGUAUUACCUAUAAUAGAAGGUGAUAAACGUAGCCUAACUAUUGCAGCAGCGUCAUGUCUUGCAAAAGUAGCACGUGAUGAAAUCAUGAAUUAUUUAGACACACUCUAUCCCAAAUAUCAUUUUGCAAUAAACAAGGGAUAUCCAGUAGAACACCAUAUGCGUGCAGUUCAGAAACACGGUGUUUCCUCCAUUCACCGUAAGUCAUAUAAACCGUGCGCUACUGCCAUUGAGAAGCAGCUAAGGCGUAAGGCACGAGCAUCCCAAUUAUAG